AUGUCGCCUCCGCACGCUUUCAUAUCGAGCUACGCGCCCCGCUUGCGCACCUAUGGCAACUCUCUUCUUACUCCAGUGAUCCAACCAAGCACGGGUCAAGGAGCGCCAGGAGCGCGGACCACCAAAAGAGGGACCUUAGCGGUCAAUUAUGCCGAGGACAACUUUGACGAUGAUGAUUUUGAGGAUAGUGAAGGCCCACGACGGCCCACGGGGCUUCGGAGUCUCAGAAGAGAGGAUUCUACCCAGGAAAAGGCUUCACUAGCCGAAAAAUUGGGAACGGAGCUCACCUCGCCGGUCGAGUUGCAAGGCAUCUGGAGAGAUUGGAUGGGCAGACCAAAAUUUGGAAGAUCAGAACGGCAGCUUCAUGCCCAGACGGCCUUGCCUUUGACUCUUAUACCUAUCCGGAUAGACCUCGACAUCCCUGCAUUCACUCCACAGGCGGCUUUGCCGCUGCCAAUAAAUGCGCAUGAUUUCAAUAUCAACCCAGCGCUGCCGGCCUACAGGACUCCAGAGCAAACCCCCCCGUACCGGUUGAAGGACGUCUUUCUGUGGAACUUACAUGAAACGCUCAUGACACCAGACCAGUUCGCAAGCAUUAUGGUUAACGACUUGGAUCUACCAAAUCCUGCCGCGCUGACCGUCCAAAUCAGCAACCAAAUACGUCAACAACUGGAAGAAUAUGCGGGGGUGGCAUUACACCCCUUAUUUCAUACCGCUCAUAGUGCGAACAACCCUGGGCAAAAACCGGUUCGGGGAUCUUUAUCAAGAGCUCACUCUAAUACACCGGCAUCUCCUGCAGGGACCCCCCUUACUAUUGGUCACCUUAAAACCAACGGAUAUGCAUCUCCAUCCAAGGGUUCAGAUGCCAUCACUGCUUCUGCUACGCCAUUGCAAGCCUCUUCUGACGAGCAUAAUCCUGAUGAUACAUACCGUUGCAUUGUGACUUUGAGCAUUAAUCUGCAGAACCAGCUCUACACCGAUAAAUUCGAGUGGUCUCUCUUGCACCCUCCAGGAUUGGCUGAGAAGUUUGCGAAGCAAACUUGUGCUGAUUUGGGCCUUGCUGGGGAAUGGGUGCCUGCCAUGACUCAUGCAAUUUAUGAAGCGGUCUUGCGUCUUAAAAAGGAGGCGUGCGAGAGUGGCGGACUAGUUGGCGGUCUCGGCUACGGUGGCGAAAUCGACAACUUGGCUGCCGGGGGUAAAGAAGCCGGAUGGCGAUAUGAUAACGAGCAUCUUGCGGACGAAUGGGAGCCGAGGGUUGAGACUCUUUCGAAGGAAGAAAUCGAGAAAAGAGAAGGCGAUCGCGAGAGACAAAUUAGGCGGCUUCGGCGGGAGACGGCAAGGUUCUCUUCCACGGCAAACAUGGCAGGCGGUAUGCCUUCAACCGGGGGUUACUUUGAUUUGCCUGACCCGACCGAGACACCUAUGGGAAGAGGUGAACGUAGUAAGAAGAAGCGGAGAUUUCGAAGUCUUAGCCCUAGUGGAAGAGGCGGCACUCCAGGUGGAAGGGGCACUCCGGAUACUGGUGUAGCUGGGUAUGGAGGCGGUGGUGGUCUUUCAGAAUGGGAGCGACAGAGCUGGCGGUGUGCACACUGUAUGGUUUGGGGUUCCGGUGUAUGGACCGCCAGAGACGGGCCGAGUGGUCAAAGGUCUCUUUGUAACAACUGUGGUCUUAUUUUCGAAAGAGACAAGAGGCUCCCUCCUUGGUCGAAAGCACUGCACAAAAACGACCUUCCUCCUGUCGUCAGAUGA